AUGCGUCACCGCCAAAUGCUCCUCGCCAUCAAAGCUGCUCAACGUCCUGCGACCCUCCGUCUAGCACUGUCCUCCGUACUAUUCGCCUCGCCGCCUAUUGCAAGGGCCUUUGCCGAGUCUGCGAUAUUCCAAGAAGCUUCACGCUCUUCGAGAAAAGCUCAGACCCCGGUCGAGCCAUUCCCAUCCCCAACGGGAAUUUUCGUCUCGCGCGCAACUGCGGCCAAGUGCUCGCAGAAUAAGCCGACAAGAUGCCGAAAUAUAUGCGACUACUGUGAUGUCUACCUCACGCACGACUCGAUGAGCGUGCGCAAGGCGCAUAACUCCGGCCGCAACCACCUUCGCAACGUGGUGGAGUACUACCAGCAGAUCGGCCAAGAGAAGGCUCAAUCAGUCAUCGAUUCCAUCACUUCUUCCUACGCCGCUGAGGGCCAGCCUCUGCCCAAUCCCGCCAUGGUCCCUGGCGCAUUCCCUCCUCCUUUCGGCUUCCCUGGUCUUCCCGGACAAGGCCCGCCCCCUCCCUUCGGCCUCGCAGGCCUCCCACCUCCCGGAGCUCCAGGCGCCCCAGGAAUGCUGCCUCCUCCUGGUGGUCUCCCAUUCCCGCCUCCCUUCCCAGGCGUGGGCGCUACCGGCACCCCUCCCACAGGAGGCUUCCCUCCCCCUCCCAACAUGCCCGGCGGCCUGCCCCCGCCCCCUGGUGGCUUCCCCGCAAACUUCCCGAUCCCCCCCACCCGGGAUGGGCGGUGCUUUCCCUCCUCCGAUGCCUCCUCACGGCGGGGUAUGCCCCGCCUCCUGGCCGGGGAGACCGGUGGUAAUCUUCCACUGGGGUGCGGUGUUAUGCUCUAA